AUGCCUGGCGCAGGGAAACAACCGCCUGAAGUGCAAGCACGAAUACGAGAGCUUCUCGAGGCAGGAUUCGAUCCUACCACAAUUCACAGAAAGCUCAAGGUGGGCAGGAGUUCCAUCUAUCGCAUGAAGCGAUCCUUGCAACAACAUGGAACCACAUAUAUGCCAGUUGAGAUGAACAAGAAGAACGGUCGACCAAAGGUGCUCACGGCAGAACAGGAACUGGAAGUGGGAGACUGGCUCCGCGAUCCAAAGAAUCGCAACCGAUAUUUGGACGACCUCGUAUGGCUGACACACGACCGUUUCAGCAUCGUCUGCAGCACGACGACCAUGUCAAAGCUGAAACGAAAAUGGUUAAAAGUAAUCGAGUGCGAAGAGAACGGUCAGCCACUGGACGACGCCACUCGAGUCCUGGUCAUGGAGACGCACCCUACUCUGCCAAUCAUCCAACAGGGUCUGGACUCCAUGCCCGCUCCGAUCACACAGCGGCAACUUCCACAGCCCGCGCCAAUGCGACAGCCUCGACCACCGAAACCACCAAAGGCCAAGCAAUCAACGUACCAACAGAACAUCGUUGACCACCCGCAGUACACCGACCCAGAACCGCCGAUUGACGCACGACUGUUGCUAAAUCAGCAGCAGCUACCAGAAAGCCCGUACUACAGCGCACCGCCAUACCCCUUGCCGCCGCAUCUAUAG